AUGGAAAAAGUCAAAAACAAUUCAGUGGAGACCACAGUGACAGACUUCAUCCUCUUGGGAUUGGCUCAUCCACCAAAACUGAGGACCUUCCUCUGCCUGGUCUUCUUGGUUAUCUACACCUUGACACAGCUUGGAAACAUACUUAUCUUGCUUACAGUCUGGGUUGACCCCCAACUAAAUGCACGUCCUAUGUACAUACUUCUGGGUGUCCUCUCCUUCCUAGACAUGUGGCUUUCUUCAGUCAUUGUUCCACUGAUUAUCUUGAGCUUCACUCCUGCCAGUAAGGCUAUCCCAUUUGCAGGGUGUGUGGCUCAACUCUACUUUUUUCACUUCCUAGGAAGCACUCAAUGCUUCCUCUACACCUUGAUGGCAUAUGACAGAUACCUGGCAAUAUGCAGACCUCUACAUUACCCUGUGCUAAUGAAUGGACGUCUAUGCACGAUGCUUGUGGCUGGAGCAUGGGUGGCUGGCUCUAUCCAUGGUUCUAUCCAGGCUACCUUGACUUUCCGACUGCCUUACUGUGGACCCAAUCUGGUAGAUUACUUUAUCUGUGACAUCCCUGCAGUGCUGAGGCUGGCCUGUGCUGACACCACUAUCAAUGAGCUGGUGACCUUUGUAGACAUUGGGGUGGUGGCUGCCAGCUGCUUCCUGCUGAUCCUGCUCUCCUAUGCAAACAUUGUCUAUGCCAUCCUACAGAUCCGUACAGCAGAUGGGAGGCGAAAAGCCUUUUCCACCUGUGGCUCACACCUGACUGUGGUUACUGUAUAUUAUGUCCCCUGCAUUUUCAUCUACCUACGAGCUGGUUCCAAGAGUCCACUAGACGGUGCAGUGGCUGUGUUUUACACAGUUGUCACUCCAUUGCUCAACCCCCUGAUCUAUACUCUUAGAAACCAAGAGGUAAAGGCAGCCCUAAAAAGAUUAACCAGAGCCCGAGGAACCCACAAUGAAAAAAAAUAA